AUGAUUAGAACCGCCUCCAGAUCGUCUCUUCUCAAGAGAUGCAUUGCCACCCAGGCUGCCCCAAAGCCCCAGAUCACCGAGCUGUCUAAUGGUCUCGUCGUCGCCACAGAGACCAACCCAAACUCUGCGUCCUCUAGUGUCGGUAUUGUGUUUGGCUCUGGUUCCUGUGCCGAAAACCCUUACAACAAUGGUGUCUCCAACGUGAUGUCCCACGUCUUCGAAACUGCCAACGCUGCUGAAGCUGCCAAGAAAGGUUUGUCGCUUUCCACCACUGUGGGUAGAGACUUCCAAUCCUACGUGGCCAGUACUCAAGGCUCUGCCGCGCAAGCUUUGGAGUUCUUGCAAGGCCAAUUGGCCUCUGGUCUAACAGACGCCUCUUUCGCAGCUUCCAAGUCCACCAUCUUGAAGCAAGUGGCCCAAUUUGAAGAAAAGGACCACGCCGGUCGUGUGUUAGAGCACUUGCACGCUACCGCUUUCCAAAACACACCUUUGAGUCUCCCAACCAGAGGUACUGUUGAAUCUGUUGAAGGUUUGGAAAAGGGCGACGUCGAAGCUUUUGCUCAAAACCAAUUUUUGUCCUCCAACGCCGUCAUUGUCGGUUCUGGUAACAUCGCACACGAAGAUUUGCUAAAGGCUGUUGAAUCUCAUGUUUCUUUGAAAUCUGGCGAAAAGCCAGUUCCAAAAAAGAAGUCCACAUUCCUAGGUUCUGAAAUCAGACUAAGAGACGACACUUUGCCAAAGGCAUGGAUCUCCAUUGCCGCUGAGGGUGAAAAAGUAACCUCACCUCAAUACUACGUGGCUAAAGUUGCCGCUGAAGUUUUUGGAUCCUUCACCGCUUCUGAACCUGCCUCUAGAUUGCAAGGUAUCAAGCUGCUAGAUCAAAUCCAAGACUACCACUUGUGCGAAACCUUUGACCACUAUUCUCUAUCAUACAAAGAUUCCGGUCUAUGGGGUUUCUCCACUGUCAUUUCCAACAUCGACCAAGUCGAUGACAUGAUUCACUUCACUUUGAAGCAAUGGAACAGAUUGUCCAUCUCUGUUACCGAACAAGAAGUUGCCCGUGGUAAGGCUAUGUUGAAGUUGAAGUUGGCUUCUGGUGCUCUUGACAACGCUAGUAUCGCAACUAAGUUGGGUGCGCAAACUUUGGCCUUAGGUGCCAAGCCAGCGUUGACUGAAGUCUUUGCCAAGAUUGAUGCCAUCUCUGUCAAGGACAUCAAGAAGUGGGCCUCCAACAAAUUGUGGGAUCAAGAUAUUGCAAUCUGUGGUACCGGUCAAAUCGAGGGUUUGUUGGACUACAUGAGAAUCAGAAACGACAUGAGCAUGAUGAGAUGGUGA